UUAAUUUGCUACCUUUAUUGUUUAGAGUAAGCAAAUUUCUAUUUAAGUCAUGUAGUUUGCAUACACUUCCUCAUACUAUCCCUUGCUUGUUCCUUCUCUUUGCUUCAUAUUAUUAACACAUAGAAAAUGGUUCUCGUUGGUAAACUUAGCACUGAACUUGGGAUAAAAGCAUCAUCUUCCAAGUUCUAUAAUCUCUUCGCAUCACAACUUAACGAUGUGCAAAACCUUUGUGAAAACAUUCACCACACCAAGCUGCAUCAAGGUGAAGACUGGCAUGGCUCUGAUUCAGUUAAACACUGGACUUAUGUCAUAGAUGGCAAGGUACACACAUGUAAGGAGAGUAUUGAAGAAGUUGAUGAACAAAACAAGAAAAUCACUUACAAGCUAUUUGGUGGAGAUAUUGAUGAGCACUAUAAGAUCUUUAAAUUUAUCCUCGAAAUAUUUGAUAAGAACGAUGGAAGUGCAGUAGUUAAGUGGAGUGUUGAAUAUGAGAAGAUCAAUGAGGAUAUUCAUCCUCCAAAUGGCUAUAUUGAAUACCUUAACAAAUGCACUAGAGAGAUUGAUGCUUAUCUUGUUAAAGCAUAACUCCAUAAGUCAUAAAUAAAAUAAUCAAUAAGGAGUAAUAAUGGCUUAAUGGUGUUGGCUAUGUGGAUACGAGUGAUCAUUUAAUAAUUAGUGUGAUAUAAUUGUAAUGGCAUGUGUUAACGUUGCCUAAAGAUAUGCAUAUAUGCAUUGGCUUUGAUCCUUUGUUUCUAUGUAUGUUGAAGAUUAUGUCUUAAAUUAUGUGAUGCAAAUAAAUAUAUAGUUGUGCUUACUAAUUUAUAUUUGCGAUAAUGGUUUUUUAGACUUAUUAUUAUGACAA